AUGCAAUCCUUCUCACUUCGACAAUCAAAUCUUCUUCUACCUUCGACUCUGGCCAUCAAAUCGUCUCUGGCACUCACUUCAUCCCAGCAGAGAGUUGUUGCAAACCAGCCGCCGUGUUAUUAUCCACCAAUUCCUCUUGCGACUCCGACAAAAAACAAGCGACAAGCAUGGGAGCAGUACUUCAGGAGCUUUAGGGAUUUCGUCGGAUGUUCUACCACCCCUCUGCCGCCGUGA